UAUCAUCAUGUGUCAAAAAAGGAUCUGUCACGUUCAAGAACAACGUCAUCAUGUUGGCGAACAAAUAGAUCUCAUUAACACUAUGAAUCAUGACUCAUUGGCACAAAUAUUCAUGCGGCUGCCAGUACAUAAAAGGAUAGCCAUGGAAAAAGUUUGUUCCAAAUGGAAAGAGGCAUGUGAACUAGCUUGGUACGACAUUAAAAAAUACACAUUUGGCAAACGAACUGGUCGUAUUUUUGAUGAAAGUUUGUUGGCACCAUCAUAUGUUGAGAAAUUAUUAUCAAAUUUUGGUAUUUAUUUGAGAGGUUUGUCUCUUUUUGAAAAAUGCAACUCUAGUAUUAUGCCAAUCAUUGGUGAGCGCUGCAAAAAUUUAACACGUCUUGAUUUAAUUUACAACGAGGAAUUGGAAAUAAAUAUCGAUCACUACAUUCAUGCGUUCAAAAACUUAGAUAAACUGACAAGAAUUGAGAUAAACGUAAUGAAUAUGGGAAAUUGUAAGAAUACAAAGUUUCAACCUCACAUAAUCAAUUAUCUUCCAGAAGGAAUGAUUAAAAUUUUCUUAGAUUAUGAUCAAGAGGAGUUCAUGUCACCAGUGCUUUUCAAUAUAAGGAAAUUCAAAAAACUUCAAUACUUGUCAUUAAGGGGCUGCCUUCUAGAUGACAUAAUUCAAGGAAUAUCCGAAACAACAACACUUGUGGAACUCAGUCUUAUUGAUUGUUUUGUGAGUAAAAACUGCGUGUACGAUCCUGUUGAUAUUUUUAAUCAAUUUGUAAAUUUAAAAUACAUCGACAUUAAUAAUAAAUGGGGCAUAAAGACUCCAAACGUACUCAAUAAUAUUUUGAAUUCAUCCAAGAAUAUAAUACAUUGCAAUAUUAUGUUGCGUGCAGAUUCUGAUGCACCUAAUAUUUCAAUUAAAAAUUGGGAUAAUCUUCUAAACUUGGAACAUUUCGGUACUCGUUGGAGAAUUAAUGAUAACAUAGCAACCAAAAUGGUAAAAUAUUGCAAGAAUUUAGAUUCUUUAGAUAUUUGGAGUGAAGGAAUAAUAGAAACUGCUCUUCAAAAAUUGACAGAACUAAAAAAUCUGGACUAUUUAUAUUAUUGUUUCGCGGAGGGAGUCAGGAAUGAAUUUAUAAAUACCACUAUAGGUACAAUUUCAAACUGGAAAAAACUUGAACAUCUAGUUUUAAUAAAUAAUGAUAAUGAUAAUGCUGAUAAUAUUAUUGGUCCAGUUCCUCCUGCAGUCAAUUUUGAUGAGUUGUCAAAAUUGCAAUAUCUUAAAUAUUUGAAUUUGUUGGAUAUGCAUAAUUUCCCAGAUAGCAGUAUUAUUGCUAUUGCUAAUUCAUGUAAAAAUCUACAAAAAUUAGAGAUGGAUUCAUGCGUCAAUAUUACUGAAGCAGCUCUCAUGUCUUUAACGAGCUUGGAAAAGUUAGAAGUAAUGAUUGUCAGUAAUAUGGAUGGUGUUACAGACAAUUUUAUCAGUAAAUUGAAAGGAUUAAACAAACUUGGGUUUGAAUAUUGUAAAAAUAUCACUGAUAUUGGUAUAAUCGAAUGUAUAAAAAACUGUCCAAAUCUUGACACUCUUUGUCUCUACGGCUGUAACCUUACAAUUGAAACUCUUACUAGUGCUGAUGAAAUAACCAAAAAUCGUAUAAAUAAUAUUGCUUUGUGUAUAUCCUAUGAAAAGUUUGCAGAAGCUUCAACGUUAAAAAUUGAAUCUAACUGGUUAUUCAUGUGUCCCGAAGUUAGAGAAAAUAUCAAAUGAUUCAGCCAGGAUGUUCGUAGGCGAAACUGGUCGGCUGAGGGUGCCAUGGUUACUAGUAACUUAGUUUGUUUAUUAAAAAAAAAAAAAAAAAAA